CCAAGAUGCUCCGCACAAGCCAGCGGCCUCGCAGCGUCCUGCUCCUGCUCCUCCGCCCUUCUUCCUCCGGCAGGUCUGUGCAGCUGCGGUCGGCAUGUCGAACUCGGACAGGGUCGUGUUGGUGCUGGGGGGAGCGGGGACGGUGGGCUCUGGGAUCGUCAAAGCGCUGCUGGAUAAAGGUUUUAAGGUGGCCGUGAUCUCCAGAGACGGCGGCCGGCUGGACAGACUCCGGUCCUUCGUCUCUCCGAACACCAGAGACAACCUGACGGCUGUGGUGGGGAACGUGGGGUCGGAGCAGGAAGCCGAGCAGGCGAAGCAGCAGCUGCUGCAGCAGGUGGGGAAGGUGACCGACGUGGUUUCGUCUCUGGGCUUCAGCUGGUGGCAGGGCGGGCCUCCUCACACCCAGAGCCUCAAGGACCUGCACUGGGUGAUCGAGACGCUGCUGUUCAGCACGUUCGUGUCGUGGAAGGCCUUCUUCCCCCUGGUGAGGGACGAGUCCAGCAGCACCUACACCUUCAUCACAGGAGGCGCCGGAGAGAAGCUGCUGAUGCCCGGAACCGGCUUCCUGACGGUGGGCGCCGCCAGCUCGCUGGCCUUCUGCCAGGUGCUCCGCGAGGAAUACCCGGAGCUGCCCUGCAAGCUGAACCAGGUGAAGAUCGACACAGGUGUGGCCACUCCGGACCGCAUGGCGCCGGGCUACCUGAACCACCUGGACCUGGGCGAGGCCGUGGCCACGCUGGUGGAGAGACGGAACACCUCGCACACCGUCUUCACCGUCAACUGCCCGGCCGACCUAAAGACUGUGAUUCUGGAGAAGAACCUUUAGACCGGACCGGCCCGGCCCUGCAGCUGGUUGCCACGGCGACGCUGCUCCUCUCCACGGCGCCCCCGUCCUGCUUCGUGUUGUAUAUUCUGCUGCCUGUUGUCACUCGUUUGCCACCGUUUGCUCUGCAUGUGCUGUUGGUUGUAAUACACUGAUGUGUGAAUCCA